AUGGAAGCCAGGAUCAUACCGGACUCCAGGCCACGAGUGAAUCGAAGUUAUUAUAAUACAGAAAGAAGGGAUAGUUAUAAUAAUGGAUACCGCAAUGAAGGUGGCGGAUAUAAUAAUAGAGGCGAAUAUAACAAUGAAGAAUACAGAAAUCAAGAUAGAUAUGACAACAGAAAUCGCAGACAUGACGAUUUUAUAGGAUAUAUGCCUGAAGAAGAAGAAUGUGCAGGAUAUGUCGAGGAGGAAGAAGAUUAUGCAAGAUACGACAACGAAGAUGAAGACUACGUAGGCUACGUCAAUGAGCCUGAACAACGCCAACGGGAAUUCCAAGAUAACCAUAGGAGGAACAAUUAUAACCGGAAUAACUACAACCAAAAUGGUUAUCAAGGUUAUCAGAGAGGAAAUGGUAGUGGCAACAAUUACAAUAGAGGAGGAUACCAGAGGGGGUAUAACAACAGCAACAGACAAGGAGGGAGUAAUUGGCCGUCGUGGAAUAGAAACUAUGGUCAAAGAAGCCAAAGGAAAAUUUUUAAUCACGAAAAUGGACGUCGUGAAAAUUAUCAACCUAGUGAUCCGGAUAGACGAGAGAAUUACAAUAAUUAUCCCAAUAACUGGAGAAACGGCAAUGCAAGAAACUGUCAACAACACGAAAACGAACGAGAGAAUUUAAACUCUCAAAGGGCUCGUCAUGGAGAAAGAAUGACGAGCCAGGAACAGAACCAACAACCUAUCCAGAAACCACAGCAGAAUGUGGACUACCAGAAAUAUCAACAACAAACACAGGGUUACAAUCAAGGCAGGCAGAACCCAAAUCAGAGCAGCCAGAACAACUAG